UUGAACUGAUUCCAUCUAAUGCAAUGGUGUGGUAUGAACAUUGCGUGAUUUGAUAUCGUAGUUGUGGAUGUGGGGGAAUGUAUGAAAUGCAUCAAGUAGAGCAUGGCCGCGGUCUUUCGUCGUGGGAUCGCCAGGCAGCUGUCUAGUGUUACCAAAGCUCUCAGGAGUAGUGAAGAAGUGAGGACGAUGGAGGAACCAGGCGAGUGUUUUGUGGGAAAAUCAGAUCAUCACGCUGGAAUACACGUCGAUUCGCGGAAGGAGCCCUGUCGAGCUGAAAAGUUUGGAUCAAGGCUGAGAGCUUCCCUGCCGAAAUGGACCAACGAAAAUAAACGAACUGUUUGGUUCAAAGUAGAUCGCUCAGAUUCCUCCUGGAUUCCGCACUUGGUGAACGAAGGAUUUUACUUUCAUCAUGCUAAAGAAAAUUACGUUACCCUGUAUCGAUGUUUAUCCCCAGAUGUGUCAGUUCCACCUUACGCCCACACAAAUUUGGGGGUGGGAGCUUUUGUAGUGAAUGAGGAGACGAAUGAGGUUCUCGUGAUCAAGGAAAAGCACACGAGUCUUCCAGUUAAUCGUUGGAAAUUGCCUGGAGGCUAUGUAGAACCAGGUGAAAAUAUUCCUGAAGCAGCACAAAGAGAAUUACUAGAAGAAACGGGAAUUAAAGCUACAUUCAAAUCGUUAGUUGCAUUCCGCCAUGCUCAUAAUUAUGCAUUUGGCUGUAGUGAUAUUUACAUAGUGGCCAGAAUGGUUCCUGAAACACUGGAAAUAAAAAAAUGUGAUCGAGAAGUCUCUGAAUGUAUUUGGAUGAAGUUGGAUGAAUAUGCGAAUAGUCCAGAGGUCCACAAGCUUAAUCGAUUUAUUGCUAACAAGAUGAUGGAGUAUCUACAGAAUCACAUCGAAAUCGGACUCAUUCAUGGACAACAUCCCAAUUCGACUGAGCCAAUCUGGAUUUACGCAAUUACUGAUGAUGACAAUACCGAUCUAUCUAUUGUUAAUUGACUCAGUUAUUAGUACAAAUUCUCAUAAAUAAAUAUUUCGUAAUUAAAUUUAGUUUUUGAAGGCAACUAAAGCUAUUGUCCGUGGGUGAGAAUUCAAAAAAUUGAAUAUAAAAAGUUAGCGCUUUGACUUGGAAAUUUUUGUGAAUUCACGGAAUUCCAUUUGAAUUCAAAUUCUAUCAAUUUUUUUGCUGACUCUACGGAAAAUUUCGCAGACUUGUCGCGUGAUUUUUCGAGGCAUACUAUUUGUUAGAAUAAAGUUGUUUUAUUUUUA